AUGCCCGUUCUCGAUAGGCGAAGUCUGGACAAGAAGUACUCCGUUGGUAUAUACGGGAUCAAAGUGGGAGGACAUGCCAAGCAUCAAUGCCGAGAGAACAGUCCUUCGCCGGACUUCUACUUUGGAGGGACGGGGAAAACCUCCUGCUCAGGAUCCUCUCAAGAUGAUAUUGCCCACACCUCACAAGAUCGAGUCGCGCGUCCGCCCUUCUCGAUCAUGGCAUCGAAAAAUGCAACGGGCCGCCUUGUGGAAGCACUGAAUCAGCUCCAGCGUGUUGAGCGCGCCGCUGAAGAGGAACUGGCUGCAGUCAAUCUCGCGCGCAGCGCGGAUCUCGAUGCCAUCAAAGAGCGAACCAGGCAGAUUGGUCUCGCGUUGGCCGACGAGGCGAUCAGUGACGACGCGCUGUACAAGCUCACAAGGCCAUAUGUCCUGCGCAGAUUACCCGCGCUCAAAGAGAGCCAAGACAUCCCCGAUGAGCGGGAUGCUCCCACCACUACGACCGCACCAACACCACCAGAGCUUGCGCCUGUGCCGCUUCCCGACAACCUCCCGAAGAGCGCUGUUGUUUCGAUCGACCACGCUACGCAGCAAAGCUACCUCACACUCUGCCCGACUUUCGUCAAGUCUCCCGACGAAGAAUGGAUCGAGCUUCGAUGCAGUUUCUGUGGCAUAAAUGCCAAUGAUAUGACUCGCCAGCUUCUGCGUGGCAUAAGGGCAUUCCAGAUCCAUGCUGAUCGAGCGCACUCCCACAAAAGGUCACGCAGGGAGCUUUUCAAGACUUUCAAGUACCGAACUGUGCCAGUCGAGGAAGUUCAGGCAAUCAUUGACAAGGGAUACACGGGCAUUUACCCCGUUGAGGUUGUCGCUGUGCGGAAGUCCCAGGCUCAAGCGGCUACUAGUGAGCCUCAGAAUUCCGUUGCCGGCACUCCUGAGACUGUCCCGUCUAGCUGGGAGGCGGAGAAAAAGCGCCCCACUUACGAAGAUGGCUACGAAUGCAUCGUCAAACAUCCCGACGGGUUCUACCACGAGCUAGCAUGCUUCGAGUGCAACGGUAAUACUAAGAAUGAUCGCAAGAAGAACAAGACGUUCGUAAAAGGCGUAAAAGGCCUAUACGACCACCUUCAGCGGGGCCAUCCUGCAGUCGCCAUUCCCGAGACACCAUUAGAAGUGCUUCUCCGCUGUUCCGUCCGCCAAUCAUCGGUGCAAGACCUGCUGGACUGA